AUGCUCCACCUCCACGCCUCCCUGACACUGGCCUCCCCCCUCGAAGCCAGGGCCCCAGCUACCGUUUACGAAUACAUGAAAGCAACUGCCAUACCCAUGCCAUCAGCGACCAUCGUCGCCAGCUGUCCGGACUCCACAGUUUCAGACGCCAAUGAUUGUCCACAGGGAUGCACUGCAGCUCCAAUAGGCGGUAUGCUAGGCGUUGCCACUGCAAAAUUUUCCUGCGCAGUUCCUAGGCCCGUCACUUCCUACACCAGUCACUUGGCCACCAGUACCUGCGACGUUGGAUCUGUUGUCACGACAUAUUCGCUAUGGGAUGGGGAUCGUCCACUGGGGUGUCACGCGACUAAUUAG